AUGAACAAAGAGGAUUAUGAAUUCAGAAAGAAAGGGUCUAUCAAGACUCUUAGUGAAGUUUCCUACACUAAUCGGAAGCAGCAUAGAAUUGAUAUUCAAAGACAAUCAUACAAGAACAAAAAAAGUGAAUUAUUAAAUCAAUUAAAAAGAAAAAAACAAAGUGAGAACUGCUCUGGCACAAGUGAAGAUCAUGCUGUCGAUAAUAUCGGAAUUUACAUAGAACAAUUAGAAUCACUAUCAAACAAUUUGCCUCAAAAAUUGAUUGCCAUCAAGCAAUGCCGAAUUAUUCUUUCUAAAUGCUCUUUAGAAACAUUGAAUGAUAUUUUGAGUGCAUAUCCUCAAUUCGUUCAUAUAUUUCAUCAACACCUUACGAGCAAGUAUUCGGAAUUACAAUUAGAAUCUGCAUGGUGUAUUACGAAUAUUGCUGCAGUUAGAGAUGAUUGUGUGGCUUUUUGUAUCCCCACAUUAGUACAUAUCAUUUCUAACUCUUUCAUUGAUAUUGUUUUACAAGAACAAUGUAUUUGGGCUCUUGGAAAUAUUGCCCUUGGAUUAAUGAAUGAAGGUAAUAUUCCUCUUUCCACAGUUAUUGUACAAAAUGGAGCUGUUCCAUAUCUAGCAAACAUUAUUAGAGCUUGCAGAAUUAAUGAAGUUGUGAAAACAACGCUAUGGUGUGUCUCCAACAUUAUCAAGAAUGAGUUAUUACAUUAUCACACAGGAAGUGAAUCACAACAAUUGAUUUGGAACUCUUUGGGAAACUUGUACGAACCAGUCAUCUACUUGUUAUUGAAAAGACAACUAACAGAUGUAGAAAGUAUUCGUGAACUUCUUUUUGUUUUAACAUAUUUAACAGCCAUACCUGUACAAUUUGAUGACGAAUCUCAAUCUAAGAAUUUGCUUUCUCAAAUUGCACAGAUUUGUGUGAAAUACCUGAAACUACAGAAUUGUGCCCUUAAUGUGCCAAUUGUUCGAUUACUUGGAAAUUUGUUUAGCAGUAUUAAUUUAUUUUCCCUGUUAGAUCAACCAGUAGCAUUUGAGCUUAUGAAUUUACUCAUUUCAUUGGAUGACAAGAACAAGGAGUGGUGCUACAUGCUGAGUAACAUUAGCUCUUUUGAAGAAAUUAACGAAAUACUUGUACAGAAUUAUUCUCUGAUAGAAGUCAUGAAUCAAAUUAUUUCACAAGGUUGCUUAUCUAAUGAUAAAGAGUUGCUUCGAGAGGCAACUAUUACACUGAUCAACCUUGUUACAGCUAACCAAAACAGACACCUAACCCUGCCAAUUGCACAACUUAUCACAAAGCAAGUUACACCCAAUGUUAUCUUUGAUGAUUCUGAGCUGAAUCAGCAGUUUAAAACGAUACUGGAACAAUUUUGUGGAUACGCAUCUACAAUAUUUCCAUAUCUGUAA